GAUUCAAAUCCGUUCAAAAAAAUCCGACCCGUUAGCUCGCCAGAAGAAUUUGGCUAGGGUUUUAGACGCCUUCUUCUUCAAUGGCUUCUCAGCGAUGAAGCCUCAAUUCUUCUUCAAUGGCCUCGUCGGCUUCAAGCUCUCCAAGCUUCUUCUCAGAAACCCUAGAAUCCUGCCCAAUCGCUCCCGCUCCUCCUCCUUCUCUGUCUCCUCCUCUGCCGCGCUGAUCCAGGACCUCCCUUCCACCUUCGAAGCGAAACCCUCACCUCUGCAAAGGCCGCAGGUCGGCGAAUUACUCCUCAACCUGAAGCCCAGCGUCGGACUCUCCAUCUUCGACGAUAGUCUUGCUCUCGGCCUCCGCGGCGACCUCGCCUCCUACGUUGCCAUGGUCUGCAUCCUCUUUACCUCUGGUCAUCGUCAUAAGCUCGUGUCUCUGUUCUCUGAUCUUGUUUUAUCGAAGCCCGGUGUGGAUUUCUCGUUUCCCGACCUCUUUGAUACUCUAUCUCGGUUCUUGAAUCGUUCUGGCAAGCUAUUGUUUGUUUUGGAUGCGUUGAUCCGCGCAUUCACUGUCUGUAAUAAGCCAAGGGAGGCUUUUGAUGCUGUUGUUCAGCUGGCCGGUCGUGGGUUUGUUCCUUCGCCUAAAUCUUGCAACUUUUUAUUGAAUUUCAUGGUGGAAAGUAGUGAUUUUGAUCUAGUAAUGGCUGUUUAUGAACAAAUGAAGAAUUUUGGUAUGAGUCCAGAUGCUUAUAGGUUCACAAUUCUCAUCAAAGCGCUCUGCCGAGGUGGGAAGUUUGAUGCAGCAUUCAUUGUAUUGGAGGAGAUGAAAGAGACUGGAGUUAUGCCUGAUGUGAUUACAUACACAACGUUAAUAGAAGGACUGUGUGCUAGUGGAAAAUCUGAAAUAGGGUCUGCUUUGCUUCAAACAAUAAUCCAAAAGGGUGUUCCUGUUGAUAGUGUGCUUUAUGGCAAAGUCAUUAGUGCCUUGUGCAAAGAGUUGAGGCUUCAAGAAGCUGAGAAGCUUUUGCAGGAUAUGGUGAAGCGAGAUGUUCCUGCAGAUGCAUUUAGCUAUGGAUGCCUUAUUCGAGGAUAUUGUACCACAGGCAAUGCUGCAGAUCUCUUAAGAGCACUGGAACUUUAUGAUGAAAUGGUCUCAAAUUAUGUCAGUCCUAACUAUUUUGUUGUCAGCUUUAUCCUCCAAUGUUUCAGCAAAAGGGGGAUGGAUUCAGAAGCUCUUGAGUAUUUUCAGAUGUUUAAGGUCUCAGGGGGUUACCUUGACAAAGUAUUGUAUAAUUUUGCACUAAAUGCUCAUUGCAAGUUAGGGAACAUGGAUGAUGCCAUUGAGCUGAUUGAAGAAAUGAAGGGUCAGGGGAUAGUUCCUGAUAAGAUUCAUUAUACAAUUUUGAUAUGUGGGUAUUGCCGUAAUGGUGAAAUGUAUAAUGCUCAGAAAGUUUUCUCUAGUAUGGUGAAGCUCAAUGUGGAGCCAGAUCUUGUUACCUAUAAUGUACUUGUUGGUGGCUUUUGUAAGCAUGGUUUUGUGAAGGAGGCAUAUGAGCUUAUGGAUUAUAUGAUUGAGAGGGGCUUGGAGCCCAAUGCAGUUACCUAUAGUGUGGCCAUUGAGAAUCUUUGCAAAGGCGGGCGCUUAAAGGAGGCCAAAGAAUUAUUUAAAGGUUUAAAGGAGAAAGGGAUUGCUCAAGAAGUAAUUCUUUUCAGCACAAUGGUUUGUGGGUUUCUGGAAUUGGCUUGUGCUCAAGAUGCAUAUGAACUUUUUGUUCAGUUAUCUAAGCAGGGGUAUUUUGUGGAUCAGCUUGUUUGCUCUAAACUUGUUGGUGAACUUUGUAAGGAGAAUUGUGUAGAUGAAGCUUCCACAGUAUUCAAUUUGAUGUUAGCGAGGAAUGUAACUCCAGAUGAGUUUGCCUAUAAUAGUCUUAUUUCAGCCUAUUGUCAGAAAGGAGAUAUGAGACAUGCUCAAUUUUGGUUUGAUGAUUUGGUCAAUAGAGGGCUGAACCCAGAUGUUAUUUUGUAUACUACGUUAAUGAAUGGAUAUUGCAAGGUAGAUCAGAUCCAAAAAACCCACGAUUUAUUUAUUGAAAUGCAAGAAAAGGGAAUUAAACCUGAUGUCGUUACAUGUACAGUUAUGUUGGAUGUUUGUUUGAAACAAGUCCAGCAUGAAUUUUGGCUGUCUCCUAACAGGGAAAAUAGAAAAUUGUCUUUCAAAGCAAAAUCUUCAAAAUUGUUGAAUGAUAUGAAAGCGUCAGAGCUUGAACCUGAUGUUGUUUGCUACACACAAUUGAUUGAUGGACUUUGCAAGAUGGAUUAUUUUCAAGAUGCUCUCAAUCUCUUUGAUGAGAUGAGAGGAAAGGGCCUCAGACCUGAUGCUUUCACUUAUACAUCUCUGGCAAAUGGUUACUGUCAUCAAGGAGAGGUAGGUAAGGCUGAAGCCCUGGUUGAGGAAAUGAUAAACAAAGGAAUAGAGGUUGAUCAUAUCACUUUAUCCAUUUUGAAGCGUGGAAACCGAAAGUACAGACAACUGCAAAUUCAAAGAUAGUCCUUGAUUUGCUCAAGUGCUCAUGCCUUGCAUGUCCUGCUUCACUUGGAUGCCAGUGCCUUCAGAUUAUCAAAUCUUCAGAUUUACUAGCUGCUUCGAAGAUAUGGCAGAGAUCUGUGAUGGAAGUUCACAUCUUGAGAGCCAAUCUGAUGACAGCUAACCAG